UUUGAUUUCGAUGAUCGUGUGUCGUGUGUCAUCGUUUUUUUGAAGGCAUAAGAAAUCAUUUAAUUUUUGUAUACAAAGAGAAUUAAUUAUGCGUGCAUUAUUACCACUACAAAUUCGUAAAAUAUUGAAAAUUAAUCUACAAAACUAAAUUAAUAGUGUUAAAGGUAAUAAAAGAGUAUGUAAAACAUGAAUUUAAAAUAUUAAGAAACGUGCAGUGUGAGAUUACUCUAGAAAAAAAUCCCAAUUUGCUGGUGCUCGUUUAUGCAUAGAUUCUCCAUCAUAAAUUCAUUAAAAAUAAAGCGUAAUAAAGCCCCAAAAAGACAAGUGAAAGACGAGCAACAACCAGCAACGCUAACGUCUCAACCUGCGACUUCUCCACGCAACGCUUCUUGCGCAUUUACACCCGUAGCCAAGAAAAUGCAGCGUCCAAAUGCGGUAGUGAAGCCAACAAGUCUCGAUGAUAUAUGGAAUGAAUUGGAAGAUGGCAUUAAACAAGUGUUCCAACCAGAAAAGUCGAAUUUAUCGACCGAUCGUUAUAUGCACCUGUACACAUUUGUUUAUAACUAUUGUACAAGUGUAAACACUGUGCAACGUUCCAUGGUCCGUGCAGGUGGCGCACAACUCGUUGGCAAAAAAUUAUAUGACCGUCUAAAGGAUUUCCUUAAAAAUUAUUUAACUAAAUUACAGAAAGCCUUUGAAUAUAUACAGAGUGAAGAAAUUAGGCUGACGCACUACACCAAGCAGUGGGAAUCAUAUCAGUUCUCAAGCAAAGUGCUCAACGGUAUUUGCAGUUAUUUAAAUAGACACUGGGUGAAGCGAGAGUGCGAGGAAGGUCAAAAGGGUAUAUAUGACGUAUAUCGACUUGCAUUAGUCACGUGGAAAGAAAAUCUAUUCGAAAACUUAAAUGAAUCGGUUACAAAUGCAGUACUGCGGUCCAUUGAAGAGGAACGUAAUUCUCAAACUAUAAAUCGCCACCUCAUCAAGAGUGUCAUAAAUUCUUAUGUCGAAUUGGGUUUUAAUGAAGAAGAUACAGACUCUGAUAAUUCCAAGAAAUUAUCUGUAUAUAAAGAACACUUUGAGAAUAAGUUUAUACUGAAAACUGCAGAAUUUUAUAAAAAGGAAUCGGAAGUGUAUCUGAAUAACUCUUCAGUAUCUGAUUAUUUGAAGCACGUUGAAGAUCGCCUUGACGAAGAAAGCAAACGAGUGAAUCGUGACGAGUUUUCAUAUUUACAUGAGAGUACACAUAAUAUAUUGAUCAAGACGUGCGAGCAGGCUUUAAUUGAAAAGCAUUUAGUUAGAUUGCGCGCUGAAUUUCAGAAAUUUCUUAACGACGAUAAGAAUGAUGACUUGAAACGUAUGUACAGUUUAGUAGCACGUAAUCCAGAAAAUUUAACGGAUCUAAAGCUGUUACUGGGCGAGCACAUAUUGGAACAAGGUACUGAGGCCAUAAAGAAAGCCGGUGCCGAAGCAGCAAACGAUCCGAAAUUGUAUGUGCAAACCAUAUUAGAAGUACAUAAGAAAUAUCAUGGUCUCGUAGUGAUGGCAUUCAACAAUGAUAACGGUUUUGUGGCUGCACUUGACAAGGCAUGUGAGAAAUUCAUCAACUUGAAUGAAGUGACACAUGUGAAUAGCGCUAAUAAGUCGCCCGAGUUGCUUGCAAAGUAUUGCGAUUUGUUGCUGAAGAAAUCUUCCAAGAAUCCCGAAGAUAAGGAACUCGAGGAUAAUUUGAACCAAGUUAUGGUUGUUUUUAAAUAUAUUGAAGACAAGGAUGUGUUCCAAAAGUUCUACUCAAAAAUGCUUGCCAAACGUUUAGUGUAUCACACAUCGGCUUCGGAUGAUGCGGAGGCGAUAAUGAUUUCGAAAUUGAAACAAACUUGUGGUUACGAAUACACAAUCAAAUUGCAACGCAUGUUCCAAGAUAUUGGUCUCUCCAAGGAUUUGAAUGCAAGCUUCAAGCAGCAUUUGAUGAAUGCAAAAAUACCACAAGAAAUCGAUUUCAGCAUCGAAGUAUUGUCAUCGGGUUCAUGGCCAUUUAAUCAGAGUACCACAUUUUUGCUGCCCUCAGAAUUGGAACGUUCCGUACAGCAGUUCAAUGAAUUCUAUGCAAAUCGGCAUUCUGGUCGCAAACUGAAUUGGUUAUAUAAUCUGUGCAAAGGUGAUUUGGUGACCAAUUGCUUCCGCAAUCGGUAUACACUGCAAGCAAGCACGUUCCAAAUGGCUGUGCUCCUACAGUUCAACGAUCAAACUAAAUUCACGCUACAACAAUUGCAGGAGAAUACCCAAAUUAGCUUAGAAAAUCUAAAACAGGUGCUGCAGAUUUUGAUGAAAGCCAAACUGCUUGUGUGUGCCGAUGAUGAGAAUUCGCUCAAUCCCAAUUCUGUGAUGGAGCUAUUCUUGGAUUAUAAAAACAAGAAGCUUCGUAUUAACAUCAAUCAACCGCUAAAGACUGAGCUCAAAGUGGAGCAAGAAGCAGUACAUAAACAUAUUGAGGAGGAUCGCAAACUGCUCAUACAGGCCGCCAUUGUGCGUAUUAUGAAGAUGCGUAAGAAGCUUAAUCACACACAGCUUAUUACCGAGGUACUCAAUCAGUUGGCGUCACGCUUCAAACCUAAAGUGCAAGUGAUCAAAAAAUGUAUUGAUAUUCUAAUCGAAAAGGAGUAUCUGGAGCGCAUGGAAGGACAAAAGGAUACUUAUAGUUAUUUGGCUUAAAUGUUUUACUCAAAUCACUGAAAUCAGUGCGUUCACACUCAAUCACAGUUGCACAUCAAACAACUCGUGUAGGGGCGAUGAGAAUUAUUUCAUAUUUCAAUUAUUAUGAUUUUUUUUUUUUUGUUAAAUUAGCAUUUUAACCAAUUUCAAACUUCACGCAACGCAUGUUACAUUCAAAAAUAAAAUACAAAUAAGUUAACUAAUUGAA